CACUGACCCCCCUUGCUAGCCGCACAGGCCACCCAGGGUCUAGUUUGGGCAUGAGUGUAGAGGACGGGGGUGUGCCAGGCCUGGGCCAUCCCAGGCAGGCCCGCUGGACCCUGAUGCUACUCGUGUCCACUGCCAUGUACGGUGCCCAUGCCCCAUUGCUGGCACUGUGCCACGUGGAUGGCCGUGUGCCCUUCCGACCCUCUUCGGCUGUAUUGCUGACUGAACUGACCAAGCUGCUGCUGUGCGCCUUCUCCCUCCUGGUGGGCUGGCAAGCAUGGCCCCAGGGGACCCCACCCUGGCGCCAGGCCGCCCCAUUCGCACUAUCAGCCCUACUCUACGGCGCCAGCAACAACCUGGUGAUCUACCUUCAACGUUACAUGGACCCCAGCACCUACCAGGUGCUGAGCAAUCUCAAGAUUGGAAGCACAGCCCUGUUCUACUGCCUCUGCCUCCGACACCGCCUCUCUGCACGCCAGGGCUUAGCACUGCUGCUGCUCAUGGCAGCAGGAGCCUGCUAUGCAGCUGGUGGCCUGCAGGACCCUGGGAACACCCUUCCUGGGCCCCCUUCAGCAGCUGCUGCAGGCCCCAUGCCCCUGCAUAUCAGUCCCCUGGGACUGCUGCUGCUUAUCCUGUACUGCCUCAUCUCAGGCUUGUCUUCCGUGUACACAGAGCUGCUCAUGAAGCGACAGCGGCUGCCCCUGGCACUUCAGAACCUCUUCCUCUACACUUUUGGUGUGCUCCUGAACCUAGGUCUGCAUGCAGGUGGCGGCCCCGGCCCAGGGCUCCUGGAGGGUUUCUCAGGAUGGGCAGCACUCGUAGUGCUGAGCCAGGCGCUAAAUGGGCUGCUCAUGUCAGCUGUCAUGAAGCAUGGCAGCAGCAUCACACGCCUCUUCGUUGUGUCCUGCUCGCUAGUGGUCAAUGCCGUGCUCUCAGCAGCCCUGCUGCAGCUUCAGCUCACGGCUGCCUUCUUCCUGGCCACGCUGCUCAUUGGCCUGGCUGUGCGCCUGUACUAUGGCAGUCGCUAGCCCCUCACCACCUCCACCCUGAUUCCUGACCUGUAGAUUGGGCGCCACCAUCGGAGCCACCUCCCAGUGCUGACCCCUCCCCUCAGCAGCCCUGUAACAAGUGCCUUGCGAGAAAAGCUGGGGAAGUGCGAGCAGCCAUGUCAGUCUCUGGAGGUAGGUGAAUGGAGGGUUGAGCCUGGGAGACUUGAAGCCUGGGUUUGAUUAAGGAAACUCUUACACCCCCAGAAGUUCUUCCUGACUAAGGAAUUAGGGGAGCAUCAGUUCAUGGGCCUGAGAAAUGAUACCGUGCCUGAUGGGAGGAGGUGCCCUGCCUCAACCUGCAUGAAUGCAGUUUCUUAAAGUGGGGUGUGGGCAGCAGUUGGCUUUCCUUGCCUGCUCUGAUCACCCCAGCAGACCCACGGCCCCCAGGCCUGGUGCUGGCUGCUCCAGCCCAGCCAUGGUGCGUGACUCCCCCGUAACUUACUCACCCCCCACUGUCAUGUAGGAAAGCCCAGUUGCUGCAUAUUAUACGCCCAUCACCCAGGCCUCUGCCAUGCUCCCCUAGCGGCAGCAGCACCUGGAAAUAAUGCCCCCGCUCUCUCCACAUCCAGCCUUUGUUCUGGAAACCUCAGAGAGGACGGGGGCUUGACACAUCUCAGGGAAUGUUGCCCCUGGGCCCUGGCUUAAGCUACGCUCCUGACCUCUCUGCUCACCCUAAGGACUCUCUCAAAGCCCGCUGCCCCCUCUAUAGCUCCUAGGAGGUACCAUCCUUCCCACUCUGGGUCUUGCCCUUUCCUAGCAGUGUCCCAGCUCCCAACAGCCUAGGGAAACUCUACACAGAGUGACCUGGGACCAGGCACAGGGAAACUUGUACAGCUCAGUCAGUGUCUGUAUAAGCAAUAAGGUCUUAAUAAAGUGCUCUGGGGUGUAGGUGGUUCCUACAAUUGGCCAUAA